AUGUCGCUGGGAUUACCAUCAUUUCACUUUCCGUCCCAAAAGCACCUCACCUGGCUGCUUGCUCCCUCCGUUCGCUGUGCCAUUGACAAGCAUCCGGCGAUCUUCUCCCCCCACCCCUUUUGCAAGGCAUCCUCUUCAACAGGAACUGAGCAAUCCACUCCCGUCUCCGAUUCGAGCACUUCAACAGCUCCUUGCGACUUCGGCUCUCCGCGACCACCACCCUCGAUCUCCGACACCUUUCGCAACCACCUCUUUAAUUUUAUUUUGCUCACUGGCCGUCCCUCUCGAAAACUUGUCUUCCCCCUCUCUCGUGUCAUCGUGGCGUGUGAGCUUUUGAGGCACUUUGCUGCAAAAUCUAAACUCCAAAACGACGUCAACGGCGUUGGCUCAACAGGUACGUCCAAUACAACCCUCCAAUCGGCAUUGCACCGCACCGCAUCGCAUCGCACCGCAGCGCGCAUCCCACACAAUCCCAUCUCAUCUCCGUCGCCAAAAUUCCUCAACCCAAAUUCCAGCCAACCCAUCGCUCUCUGCCUCUCUCUUCCACCAAAGACACCAACCACCCCUCCGCGUCUUUUCGCGCACAAUUGCCUCUUGCCCGGCUUCCGAAAGUCCUUCAAUCACUAA